CCAGGCCGGGGCGCCGCCCGCCCGCAGCUCGGGCGCGGACAGGAAGGAAGCGUGUGCCCGCGGGGCGGGCCCGCGGUGUGGCCCGGCCUGGUGAGCCUAGAUGGGCGUUCGCACUGCCGUGGUCAUUUCAGGCGAAGUGAACAGGAUAUUGGAGUCAUUCCAUCAAGCACCUACGUGAGGCAAGUGGACUGUAAAAAUUCACCAUGGCUUAUGUCUUGCCAAGAAAGAACACAGUGAAAACCAUUUUGCGGGGCAGGUGUUAUGAAGUACAGGAACCUUGGGACCUUGCACUGCUCACACAGACCUGGUAUACGAACCUAACCAACAUCCAAUUGCCUUUCUUGGGAGAAAUUACGUUUGGUAGUCCUUUACAGCUCCAAAAAUGUAAAACCGUUAAGGACGGUCUGCUCCCUUCUGCAGAAUCCAUCAAACUUGAAAGGGAGUAUGAAAUGAAGCGCCUGGAUAACCUGAAGCGCCAGGAAAACGCAGCUGAGGAAAUUCAGGUUUCCCUAAGGGAAAGGCCAGUGGGUUUGAGAAGACCUCUUCCACCUAAGUGACAGUCCUCUCAUAAUGGAAUCUGUAGAGCCAAUGAAGGGCUCUGACCCUUCCCUGUGUGGAGUUCGGUGCAGACGUAUGAAUGCCCUCUGGUGGACGAGCCAGCUUCAGGGUUAGUGGACAGCUCUGGCAGAUCUGAGUUCUCGCCACACACUUGUUCCUUUGUAUCACAAGCAACAGCACUGUAAGUAGAUGAAAUUGCAGCUGGAAUUGAGUCAUUUGUGCUAUUCAUUUUGAUUUUUGUAAAAUUGCACUAAGGGAAGUGGAAACUCCUUGUCAGAGACAUUAUUUUGAAGAACAUUUUGAAUUUACAUCUUUGAGAUCUUUGAGAUCCCAAGGAGGCACCAAAAAGGAGAGAGAGAAAUUCCUUUUAAAAAAAUUUUUAAAAAUUAAAUUAAAUUUUUUUAGUUGAAGUCACAUUG